CAUAGAGGGAGUGGUAGACAUCACAAAGCUCUGCCUGAUGGAGAUGAACCAGGAGGAACUGGCCGACAAGCUGGGCAGUGGAGCUGUUGCGGUCCAGUGGCAACAUGAACUCAAGGCUCAUCUGAAGAAGAAGUUCCAAUGUGUGUUUGAGGGAAUCGCUAGAGCAGGAGAGCAGAGACCUCUGAAUGAGAUCUACACAGAGCUCCUCAUCACAGAGGGAGGCAGUGGAGAGGUCAACAAGGAACACGAGGUCAGACUGAUUGAAAAGGCAUCCAGGAAAACAGCCAAUGAGGAAACACCAAUCAGAUGUGAAGACAUCUUUAAACCUGGACAAGAUAAACCAAUCAGAACAAUAAUGACAACCGGAGUGGCCGGCAGUGGUAAAACUCUCUUAACACACAAGUUCACUCUGGACUGGGCCGAAGGCAAAGCCAACCAAGACAUAGACUUUGCAUUUCUCCUCACUUUCAGAGAGCUGAAUUUACUGAAAGGGAAAGAGUUUAGCCUACUGGAACUUCUUCAUCAGUUUUCUGUUGAAACCAAAGAAUCAGGAAUCUACAGAUACGACCAUGACCAAGUAGUCUUUAUCUUGGAUGGUCUGGAUGAGUGUCGACUUCCUCUGGACUUCCAGAACAACCCGAUCUGGACGGAUGUCACCGAGCCGACCUCAGUGGACGUGCUGCUGACAAAACAUCAUCAGGGGAGUCCUGCUUCCCUCUGCCCGCAUCUGGAUAACCACACGCCCUGCCGCAGCCAAUCAGAUCCCUGCUGA